AUGCGUGUUUCGUAUGUACUCUCGUUUGCAGCCGCUGUCUCAGUGUUGCAAGUUGCCUUCGGCAAAGGUCUCCGUGGGCCUCAGGAAGCCAGGAAGCUUAAGACGAGCCGCAUUGUCGGCGGUGACCCGUCCAGCUUUGACGAGUUCAAGUUCUUCGUGGACCUAGAUGGAUGUGGUGCAAGUCUUAUCUGGGAGGAUGUCGUCUUGACGGCAGCGCAUUGCAACGUUGGUUUGAGCACUGCCAAAGUGGGCCCCAGUCAAGAGUCCCGCAAUCUUGCUUCUGGAACCGUUCAUCCAAACUACAACACCCAAUCAAACUCGUUUGAUUUGAUGGUAUUGAAACUAGAUAGCCCUGUUUUGGGCGCCUCUACCAUUGGUCUCAACGACCAAGACGGAACGCCUUCUGCUGGCGAUCCCUUGCAGGUUAUUGGAUUGGGUCUCACUUCCGAAGAUGGCUCAGCUUCGAGUGGCUUGCGAAAGGUGACUGUCAACUAUAUUGAGACGUCCACUUGUGAUAACUUGUAUGGAGGUGGAAUCAAUGAUGCAAUGAUGUGUGCUGGUGUGGAUGGUGGUGGCAAGGACUCGUGUCAGGGAGACAGCGGUGGGCCAAUCUUUGCUGGAAACACCCAAGUUGGUGUUGUAUCGUUUGGAGAUGGUUGCGCCCGUCCAGACAAACCAGGGGUCUAUGCCCGCGUAUCUGCCGGCUACGAUUGGAUUCAGCGCAUGAUUUGCUGUCAUGCGGAAAAUCCUCCUGGAAACUGCGGCCAAGUAGACCAGAGCGAAUGUCCCAAUGAUUUGGGCAGUGGCGGAGGUGGUUCAGAUGAUGGCUUUGGUGGCCUUGAUGAUGACUUCUUUGGAGGAGGAGGAGGAGGUGGCGGGGGGUGGUGCGGCGGCGGUGGUGGGGGAGGUAAUGAUGAUUUUUCAGGUGGUGGCGGUGGCGGCGGAGGAGGUAAUGAUGACAUCCCAGCCUUUGAUGACAACUUUGGAGGAGGUGGAGGGAGUGAUGACGUCCCAGCCUUUGAUGACAACUUUGGAGGUGAUGAUAACUCUGGAGUAGAUGAUAAUUUUGGAGGAGGAAAUGGUGAUGACAACUUUGGUGGAGGAAAUGGGGAUGACUUCCCAAACUUUGAUGACAACUUUGGAGGUGACGAUAACAUUGGAGGCGGAAAUGGCGACGACUUCCCAGCAUUUGAUGAUAACUUUGGAGGAGAUGACAGCUUUGGAGGGGACGAUAACUUUGGAGGGGAUGAUAACUUUGGAGGGGAUGAUAACUUUGGAGGAGGAUUUGAUGACAACGUUGGUGGAGGUGGCGAUGAUUUUGCAUGGGAUGAUGACGUUUGGAACAACAACGGUGGUGGUGAUGAUGGGUUUGAGCUUGGCCCAUUUAGAAACCUUCCACCUGGCAGCCAUCGUCAAGCCAAGACACCCCAAGUGCAGCACAAUCUUUUCAAGACAGCUCACAACAGUGUUGGCCUCAAAGAACACCACCACAAGAGGAACCAUGCCCAAGCCAAUCAAAAUCAUGCCAAUACAGCUCAAAACAAAGCUGGCCAGCCCAAGAAUCAUAACCAUAUGGGUCACAACCAGACAAAGCAGCUCACCAAACUCAAUCACAAGCAGAGAAAACAUGCAAUCAAUGCAAUCAAGAAAGAAUAUGCUCGUUAUGUUGCUAAGCAUCACAACAACACCAAGCUGAAUCAUCAGCAGAAGAAAAACAUUGUCAAUGCCAUCAAGAAGCAGUAUGCCCGCAACUAUGCAAAAUAUCAACGAGCAAAGCAUCACGAAGGAGACAACAAGUCUAAUGUCCAACAAAAGAAUCCCGCGCACCAUCAUACCAAGAAUCAGCACCACAAGCAUCAGCACCACAAGCAGAGCCAGCCUCAGCCAGAACCCAAGCACUUGGAGAACUGA